AAGCCGAUGGCGGGCGAGGAGGUAUCAGCGGUGAGCCCUUCCCACGGCGAUUCGAGCGAUGGAAGAAUGGCGCCUCAAGCUCAGGAUCGAGCGGGGGGCUCGUCGGAAGUGGCGGCGGGGGGAGAUAAGCCCUGGCAUUGUUACGACACGGUGUUCUUGAAUGCCAAAGCAGGAAUGAGUGGAGUGGACAAGGAAAAAGUCCAGAAGGUUGUUUACGAGAUGAGCAAAGGAUCCCGGUAUUUCGAGAACGAGCAGCGCAAAGAAGCAAUUCUCCAGCAGAGGAUCGAGAAAUUCAGAGAACAGGCUGCAAAAAUCAGCACGACUAAGCUCGCAGAGACGAAAGCGGCGGUUGAUAGACGAAUUCUCGAGCUAGAGGCGAGCCGAAAUCUCGACAAAACUUGGAUGCAUGUCGAUAUGGAUGCGUUUUACGCCGCCGUCGAGACAGUGGAGGAUGUUUCCUUGUCUUGCAAGCCUAUGGCUGUUGGAGGCAUGUCGAUGAUUUGCACUGCAAACUAUGAGGCUCGGAAGUUUGGAGUGCGUGCUGCAAUGCCUGGUUUCAUAGCCUGCAAGCUGUGUCCGGACUUGGUAUUGAUAAAGCCAAACUUUGAAAAAUACACGCAUUACAGUGAACUCACACGUCAAGUCUUUCGCUUAUAUGACAAAAAUUUUAUUGCAAGGAGCCUGGACGAAGCGUAUCUUGAUAUUACGGAGUUUUGUAGAACGGAAAGCAUUGCUCCGGCAGAGGUAGCUGAACGGCUUCGGAAAGACGUUUUUGAGAAAACUAAGCUUACUUGCAGUGCUGGUGUUGCAGCCAACCGUCUCCUAGCGAAGGUGUGUUCUGACAUUAAUAAACCAAAUGGCCAAUUUGUGCUUGAAAGUGAUCGCGAAAAGAUUAUGGAAUUUGUGUCGAAGCUGCCUAUUCGGAAGGUUUCUGGUAUUGGAAAGGUUACGGAGAGACUGUUGAAAGACGUUCUUUCUAUCAAUAUGUGCUCUGAUUUGAUAGAAAAUAGAUAUUUGAUUUCGGCUUUGUUUUCAACAAUUUCCACAGAUUUUUUCUUAUCAGUUGGCCUGGGUAUUGGUGCCUCCGAGGCUCCUCACGAAGAGCAAAGAAAAAGCAUAAGCAAUGAAAGAACGUUUUCACCGACAAGUGACGCGAACAUUCUUGGCAAAAUCUUAGGUGACCUCGCUGAAAGUUUGUCCGAGGACAUGAUCAAGGAAAAUUUGCAAGGCCGGACAUUAACGCUAAAACUUAAGACGAGCACAUUUGAGGUACGUAGUCGGGCCGUAUCAGUUCAGCAUUUUAUUAGUUCUAAGAAAGAAAUCGAAUCACUUGCUAUAAAACUACUUAAAGCGGAACUUCCUAUUUCAUUGCGCUUGCUGGGAGUGAGAGUUUCCCAGUUCAAAGAAGACGAUCCUUCCCAGAAGAGUAUUGCAAGCUUUCUGAAAGACAUCUCUGAUGCCGCUGUCAAGGAUGACGACUUGGAACACGAUUACGAUGAACAGACACCAUAUUUAUCAGACACUGACCGCGAUACAAGUUGUAAACAUACGGCAGACCAGUGGACGCAAGAUGAUCGAUGUUCCUUGUGUGGCGAGAGAAUAUCUUCCGAGUAUCCAACCCUCAGACAAGAGCACGAGGACUUUCACUUUGCUUUAAAGAUCCAACAACAGGACUCUGUUAACCAGCUUGAGGUUUCGAAAAGAAGCAUUGGCAAGAGACCAAUAACUCAAAGCAGCGAUCGUGGUACGAAGAAGUCCGCAAAGAAUAGAAACUCCAUCGAAUCAUACUUCGCAAAGAACUAGCCGUGCGACAGGGUUUGGACAAUCGUGUUAUGCCAAGGAUCAGAAACGUGCGUCAGCAAGUUGUCUAUGGGGCCUGUUUUCGUGAAGAAAGCUUGAACAAAAACACCAAGUAUUGCUACCAUGGCCAGCCUUCCUGCAACUCACAUCAGGAUCGGCCAGCGGGAUCGAAAAACGGACCUCCGGGAUAGCUGCAUAUGGAAUAUACCCGCUUUGUAGUCCAGCAAGAGCAUCCUCAAACCCCAAAAACGUAUCUUGAGCCGCUUGCGAACCAGGACUGAUAUAAUCGUAGUAUCUCCUCGUUUCAGCAUACCUGCAAGAAUCAGCUGGACUACAAACAAAGUCCGCGUGUCUGCGAACUCGAAUUCUGUGGCACCGGCCUCGUACCAGACAGGCAGGUCUCUGCCUCCCACAGUCCUUAAAAGCUUCAAAAGAGCCAAGCAAUGCCAGCCAUAGCAAAACGAGAAUGGACGAGUUCCGCUUGCACGUACCAUCGAAGGGUUUCGGGGUCUUUACCGAGCUCGAGGGGAUCAAAUCCAAAGUCGCCUGCGAGACUGGAUGGUCGAUCGAUAGCAAAUUUGCCACAAAGGAGUCACACGGCCGAGAAAGCAAAGAUAAGAAAUGGUUGGACUUACGAGCCAUCAAGAUGUUGGGGUGGAGAUAAGCCAGGUAGCCAGAUGGGCCUUUCGUCACUGCCAGAAGAUUGAGCUCGAAUUGACAAGAACCGAGCACAAUGUGCGUUUCGAAUUCGAGGAUAGCAGCUUGACGGCUGUGGAGUCCUCCAUACCAUUGAAAGCCGGUUGCUAUCCAUUCCUUCCAAGAAUGUUAUAUGCUUUUCCUAUGGUCCAGAUUUUAA